AGGAAAGGGUUCUCAAUUUAAACAUUCUCGGCUGGCUCUCAGGGAAUCAGGUGCAAACGAAGUGAGAGACUUCGGGGAGUGAAGAAGAAUGAGUUCAUGUUUUGCAGCCCUUUAAAGCAGGCUUAUUUGUCAGUGGGGGCCCACUGGAAGUUCCUUACAGGUUGAAACAGUUCCAUUUUCAAUGGGUGGCAAAGCAUGAUACUGGAUCAGAGCAUACCGUUGAUGGCAAACCUUUUCCGUGUGAAGCUUUCAGAACUGACCUUCUUUCAAGUACAAUUAUCCUGACAAUGUCAAGUAUUGUUUCCUCCUGGGUUAUCACCUCAACACGAAGCACGAUCUCCACUUUGCAUGGAAAAGGACCUUUGUACUCCAGGUGCAUUUCAGGUCAGUGUAAAGGACCGCGGAGGAGUUUGUUUACCAACCCUCCCUUUUCUUCUUUCCUGGCAAGCGGCAAAUGCAGCAAGAACAAUGUUGUCACUGUGAGAAAAGCUUUCAGACACACCUCGACAGAAGAAGAAGACUUCUCUUUCCACCUGACGCCGUCACAGGUCAAUGACAUUUUAAGGGCAAAUGAGCUGUCCCAUGCCGUUCCUGAAUUCGAUGGGAAAAAUCCAAGCUCAGUCCUGCGAUUUGAGAGCAACCACUUGGCUGCCAACAGCCCAGCGGAAGACCGCCGAAGCGCAGCGACCUGCCUACAGACCAGAGGAAUGAUGUUUGGGAUCUUUGAUGGCCAUGCAGGUUACGCCUGUGCCCAGGCAGUUAGUGAACGGCUGUUUUCCUAUAUUGCUGUUUCCCUUCUAUCCCAAAAAAAGCUAGAGGAAAUUGAGUCUGCCAUGGAGUCUAUGAAACCCAUCCUGCCUAUUCUGCAGUGGCACAAACAUCCAAAUGACAGCUUCUUUCAAGAGGUCGCCUCACUGUACCUGGAACGGCUCAGAAUAUAUUGGCAAACCUUACUAAACAUGGACCUGGAACCAGGCCUUACCAUAGAAGAAGCCUUGAUCCAUGCAUUUAAAAGGCUGGAUUCAGAUAUUUCAUUGGAGGCUCAGGCUCCCUCAGAAAAUGAAUUGGUCAAAAACAUUGCUCUUCAGGUGGCUUUUUCAGGUGCAACGGCCUGCUUGGCUCAUGUGGAUAGUGUUCAUUUGCACAUUGCAAACACUGGUGACAGCAGAGCGGUUCUGGGAGUUAAAAACAAAGGUGGGACGUGGUCUGCUCUUCCUCUGACGCGAGACCACAACUGCUUCAACAAACUGGAAAUGUUAAGGUUAAAAAGGGAGCAUCCGCUAUCUGAAGAUGGCACAGUGAUUGUGAACAACAGGUUACUGGGAGUCCUCUUGCCUUCAAGAGCAUUUGGAGAUGUCCAGUUCAAGUGGAGCCAAGAACUGCAUCAGAGUGUGCUGGGAAACGGUUGCGACGCAGAGGCUUUGAACAUUUAUGACUAUGUGCUUCCAAAUUGUCACACACCUCCCUAUUUAACUGCAGAGCCAGAAAUCACUUACCACAAACUCAGAAGGCAGGAUAAAUUUUUAGUGAUUGCCUCAGAUGGCCUGUGGGACAUGUUGAGUAAUGAAGAAGUGGUCAAGCUGGUUGGAGACCAUCUAGUUGAUGGGGAUGUCCAGAAAAGACAGGCGGCUUUUAAAAAACCAGCCAAUCUGGGUUACAUGCAAAACCUGCUCCUUCAGAGGAAAGCCAGGCAUGUCCACUCCCCUGACCAGAACGUGGCCACCCAUCUCAUCCGCCACGCCAUUGGCAAUAAUGAAUAUGGGGAGAUUGAUCCAGAAAGGCUCAUGGCAAUGUUGAGUCUUCCAGAUGACCUGGCACGCAUGUACAGGGAUGACAUCACCAUCACCGUGGUAUAUUUUAAUUCCAAUGUAGUUGAAGCUUUCUACAGAGAGAAUGAUUAAGGUAGCUGUCUUGCUAUGGGACACUCAUGUAUGCAUUAUAAUGGAUUUAGAUCAAAUGACACAUUUUAAUACAAUUUAUAACCUUUUUAGUAGAAUGGGACACACAGUUGGGUUUAAGAAGAAGAGAAAUGCUCCUAAAAUGGCUAAACACAGGUGUGUUGCCUUAUUGCUAUGUCGUCAUCAUAGGCGAUCACUCGCAGCCAAGUCUUGCCGUUGGGUCUGUAGUGAUUGUAGAGACCUAUUCUGGAUGGACCUAUUGCUGUGCCAAUGAGUGGCAAACGUGUUUAUGUGAAGUAAGAUGGCUUACACAGAACAAAUUUUUUAAAACUAAUUGCAGAUUGAAGAGCACUUUUCAUUUGGUGAACUAAGUUUCAAAACAAACUACGUAAUGUUUUCUCUGGGUACAUUUCCACAACAAAUAGUUCAAGGGCAGGAAUGUUUCUUAAGCCCUGUCCAGGCACAGGUCAUGAUGAAAUAAUUUUAAGCUACACCAAAUUUCAGGGAAAACUUUCAGGAAAGAGUUGCUUCUUGCCACAGGGCAGUUAUUUAAUUUCUUUGAACUUUGGCUCCUUUCCUCAGCUUUCUGCUGCUCCCUGUUUACAACCUCACAAUUAACUUCUUGUUUCGGCUCUAAUACUGUUUAUGCACUUGCACUAAUUGCUGCUUGAACACAUUCAUAAAUAGAGAACAAGAGCACUUGCCUCUGCCAUUGUGCUAGUAAUUGUAUUCCAUGCCCCAGAACUUCUAAAGCUAGUGCAUUUCCAAAAUAACAACUUUUCUUAGCUGUGCCACACUCUUAAAAUACAGUGGGCAGAAUAUAUCUACUUCAAAGAAAAUAUUAAUCCUAAUACGUUUUUAGCAUGUGUGCACAUGUGGCUCUGUAUCGGUACAGUUUGUUCUUUGGGGGAAAAUAUUCCCAACGAUAUAUUUUGUUCUUGCUGUGAACAUACAAGUAUGCUUUCAGUUUCCCCAGGAAAGUACACAAUGAUAUAUUUAUCUAUUUUGACAUGGAUGGUUGAAGUUUUGUCUCUGGGUAAAUGGGGGAAAGGCCUUGCAUAUAGUAUUCAUUGUUUAUGAAGACUCAGUCUUGUUGAGGAUUGUUCCUUAAAUAUUAUUUGACAUUUAAUAAUAUUACAUUGUUUGACUCCUGAUUUGUGGAACACUCAGAACUGAACUGUGCUGUUCAUUUCAAUGGAGUUUCAUUUCAAUUGCCUGAAUAAAAGUUAAAUUCUUAAA